CUUUCGUAGAUGCGCACUCAAAUGUAGCUAUGCACUCACCAAGCAUGAAUGAUUAGUUCCGGUUAAUCACAGGAAGUUCGUCUCCACUAAAAGUACCGCCACCAUUCUUCAGAAUUUCCAAUGCUGAAGAAGAGUUCUACGUGUGUCAACAAUGUCCGUGCCUGUGGCGCUUCAGCAUCGUUGGACUGACAGAGCAGGUCUGCCGACUGUUAGCAGCUAUUGCUAAUAUUCCUUUCGACGGGAUUUGACACUUCCUCGACGAGCUGGCGAGUCUUCAUCCCAUCCGGCCUAACAUCCUGCUCAGGGGCAUCACACACUCCAUCAUUGUCGCUCUUUCCGUCUCCACCACAGCUCUAAUAGACCAGCCUGGUACUUCUUAUCAGCGCGCACACUCAACCUUAACAAUUAAUAAAACCAGCAAAACAGCCUUAAAAUCACUUGUUCAGGAGAAUCAGUGCGCUGCCCUCCAGUACCAAGUCAACGGAAAUUCUGCGGAAGCUGAAAGUCUUCACCAAAGUGCCGUGAAACUUGCAAUGCCAGGAUCCUCUGCGGUCAACAGCAAGGCUCGGGUGUACACCGAUAUCAACACAUGGAAGAACAAAGAGUACUGGGAUUAUGAUGCACAUGUGCCAAACUGGAAUAAUCAAGACAACUACCAGUUGGUGCGCAAGUUGGGGAGAGGGAAGUACAGUGAGGUUUUUGAAGCCAUUAAUGUGCCCAACAACGACAAAGUAGUCAUGAAAAUCCUCAAGCCUGUCAAGAAGAAGAAGAUCAAGCGGGAAAUUAAAAUUCUUGAAAAUCUACGUGGGGGAACCAACAUCAUCCACCUGGUUGACACAGUCAAAGACCCUGUGUCUAGAACACCAGCACUUGUCUUUGAGUACAUCAAAAACACAGAUUUUAAGGAGCUUUACCAGAAGCUGACUGACCAUGAUAUCCGUUACUACAUUUAUGAGCUUCUCAAGGCUCUGGACUACUGCCACAGUAUGGGCAUCAUGCACAGAGAUGUGAAACCUCACAAUGUAAUGAUCGACCACCAGCUGAAGAAGCUGCGACUUAUUGAUUGGGGGUUGGCAGAAUUUUACCAUCCCACUCAGGAAUACAAUGUCAGGGUGGCAUCCCGCUACUUCAAGGGCCCAGAGCUGCUUGUGGAUUACAAGAUGUAUGACUAUAGUUUGGAUAUGUGGAGUCUUGGGUGUAUGUUGGCGAGCAUGAUCUUUUUGAAGGAGCCAUUUUUUCGUGGCCAGGACAACUGUGAUCAGUUGGUCCGCAUCGCAAAAGUACUUGGCACAGACGAGCUUUUUGGCUACCUGCAGAAGUAUCACAUAGAACUGGACGCUCGCUUCAAAGACCUCCUGGGACAGCAAACACGAAAGCAUUGGCAGCAGUUCAUCCAAAAAGAGAACCAGCGCCUGGUGAGCCCAGAAGCUCUGGAUCUACUGGACAAGCUGCUAUGCUAUGACCACCAGCAAAGACUAACAGCAGCGGAGGCCAUGACACACCCCUACUUUUACCCUGUGUUGAAAGAACAGGCCAAUAAUGCAAAUACAGACAAUACCUCCAAUGCAACAUGAAAACCACAAAAAAGGAAGAAUCUUUGUUACCUCAACUGAUGGAGAUCUCUGCCUUCCCACCAACAGCCAUACUGGAGUAAGAUGCACACAGACACACACUCCUCUCAAUUAGGGGAAUCUGUGCUGAGUUUGGACCAAACUUUAUCCCCGCUUCUUUUUUUUUUUUAUAAAGCAAAGGACUGUUGUAUCAAGACAAAGCAAGGUCGGGGGGGACUACAAACAUUUGUCUGUCAUACAAAGCUGCUGUGAACAGAUAUCUAGUUCCAAUAUCAGCACUGAUCGGUUAUAAAGCGCCUUUAUUUUAUGGCGAGAACAAAACCUGUACCGAAAGAGAAUAAACAAUUAUUAUUUCAACA